UUAGGACAGAGCACAGGACAAGCAGCUCCCGCAAGCUGCAGACGGAAAGGAUAUUAAAUAAGAAGCGUUUUCAGACCUGUACAAAGUCCUCCGGCCCGAAUGAGGUAAAACAGACGACUUUGUUACCAAAUAGAUCGUCCGACAAAAGGUCAUGACCGGUCAAAGGUUAUCCAAGAUGGCGGUGUGUGUAGCUGUCAUCUCAAAAGAGAACUACCCCCUGUACAUCCAGACGAUUCCCACAGAAGACGAUCUGAAGUUCCACUACACGGUCCACACCUCGCUGGACGUCGUGGAGGAAAAAAUCAACAACGUCGGCAAAACUACCAACGACCUGCGGGAGCUGUACCUGGGGCUGCUGUACCCCACAGAGGACUACAAGGUAUAUGGCUACGUGACCAACACAAAAAUCAAGUUUGUGGUGGUUGUGGAGUCGUCCAACACCGCUCUCAGAGACAACGAGAUCAGGACAAUGUUCCGUAAGUUGCACAACGCUUACACGGACAUGGUGUGCAACCCCUUCUACACACCGGGGGACAGGAUCACAUCCAGGGUGUUUGAGAAGGUUGUGAAUGGAAUGAUGCUGCAGGACAGCUGAGACUCUGGCUGCUGAUGAAGUGGACAUCCCUGGAUGGGCUGUUUACCUCAGUAUAAAAGCCUAUAGCUUGCUAAUCAGUCUAUGCCAUAUUAAGUUAUGGCACCUAGUACUUUAUCAUACUGGAACUUCUGGCAGCUAGCUGCUACCUGCAACAGUAUUUCAGCUCAUUUAUGUAAUCUCAUGGAGCAUGUCCCACUACACAAGGAAGACUUACUGAUGUAGUCUGUUCCACACGUAAAUACCAGUAACUAUUAGUAUAAGAAAUGUUACAGAGUCUGUAUCUUAACUGCCUACAGAUGUUGUCACGCUUUAUACAUAGAUGUGGUCGUGUACUAGGGAUUUCAGAUAAGUGAUGGACCAAGUUGUACAUGUAACUAUGAAUGGUCCUGUUCACUGUUGGAUCAUAGGAAGUCUCUUUAUGACAGGGAAUGUUGCAUGGCAUGUAUCAUUGACUGGGGGAUCUAGUCUACGGUCCAAGGAUGGCCUAAAGGUUCCCUCUCACUGCAUUUGUGUCACUGCUGAGGUUGUUCACUGCAUCACUUUUUAUUUUCUCAGAUUUUUCAUAAUUUAGAUAUUGCAUAAUACGUCAAUGUAUGACUUAGAAGACAAAAUACACAAAAAGAAACUUUGUUCUUUAUCUCUAAAAUUCGCUGAUUAUCUUUGGAACCCUGCAGUGAUGCAAGUGUAGUGAGAGUGCUUGUAUUUAACCCCUCAUGCCAGCCUGCCUGUACUAAUAUUAAAUAUGUGCAGUUCCCAGUGUACAACAGAUCAGACUGUUAUAUGCAGGGUGGCACCACUAUUGUGGACCAGACAGGAAUGUUUUAUUGGAGUAUGUAAUGUACACAGAUGUUUGUUGUGUGAUCAGGAAAAGGAGACAAAUCAAGACAACGACAACUGAUUACAAUUUACAGGAACUUUAUUGAAAAUAAAAAGACUAAAAC